AUAAAAACGUCCGGCGCCAACGCAAGCGUGCGUGACCAUGAGCGGAACUAUAUUAUAUUCCAUCUGUGCUUAGUCCGUGUGCUUUUUGUGCUUCAAUCAUCCGAGGAGGUGAAUGCCGGUUGGACCUGCAGGGCAUCGCUGGUCUGUUUAUGUGAUUUUUAUGUGCGCGCGCGCGCGCCACGCGUCAACAAGUGGAUGGAAACUUUUUCUUUAAAUGGUUGGAGCGAUUAGUUGGCUCGUAAGUAACUGCAAAGUGUGGAGAAUUGGACUCUUAAUCGUCUUUUUACAACUUUGUUGUCGUCAUGAGUGGACAAGUCGUUUUCCAAAUGCGCGUGGUGCUUGUAUUUUUACUGAGCUUUGGAGCACUUGCGAGAGCUCAGGUCUCCAUGAUCAAAGUCAUAAGGAGCAACAUCAGAAGAGAUGACCUGUAUCGAAAAGAGGUCAACAUCACUGUGACGCCGCCGGGCGGAGUCAUCAAUAGCCCACGUUUCCCCAACUCAUACCCACGCAAUUUGUUGUUGUCAUGGAGAUUGGUGUCGCCACCGGGAAGUCGGAUACACCUGGAAUUUGAUGUUCACUUUGGCGUGGAGGAGGCGGAGAACAAUGUUUGCAGGUAUGACUUUGUUGAGGUGGAGGACCAAUCUGAGACCAGCACUAUAAUUUGGGGUCGCUGGUGUGGACAGAAAGCACCGCCUAGUCUCAUCUCCAAAUCAAACGUCCUCAAAAUAACCUUCAAAUCUGACAAUUACUUUGUUGCAAAGCCAGGAUUCAAAGUCUACUAUUCAUUUCUGCCUGACACUUCUCUUCCUGCAUCUAAAAACAACUGGGAAGCCAUCACCAUGCCGGUUAGCAGUCCUGUUGGGCCAACGUCAGUCACAGAGGUUCCUCUUUCAUUAGAUGCCCUGGAUAAAACCAUUGCGGCCUUUGACACUGUGGAACAGCUUCUCAAAUCUCUGAACCCUUACACGUGGAAACAGGACAUGGACAGCAUCUACACGCAAACACAGAUUCAUUAUCGAGGAAGGGCUUAUCAUCUAGCAAGCCGGCAUAACAAAGUUGACCUGAAUCGUCUCCACGAUGACGUAAAGCGGUAUAGCUGCACCCCUCGCAAUUACUCCAUAAACCUGCGCGAGGAGCUUAGGGCCACCAACGCUGUCUUUUUCCCCCGGUGCCUGCUGGUCAAGCGCUGUGGCGGCAACUGUGGCUGUGGCACGAAUAACUGGAACAGCGGCUGCACAUGUCAGCCCUCAAAGACCGUGCUUAAAUUACAUGAGGUGCUCAAGUAUGCCCCGGAGACCACUCUGCAUCAGCGCCAUCGCAGGACAAGAGUACGCUGGGUCAUCGAUGAGAUCUUCCUCACACACCACGACAAGUGUGAAUGUUCCUGUCCCUUCCAGCCUCCUCGCUGAGAUACUGACACAAACUAUAUUUGAACUUUUGGACACAUUCUGCCAUGAACUUUUAUGGGAUCAGCUUUGUCGUAAAUGCAGCGAAGAAAAUAAAUGCUUUGACGGAUGAUGCACAACUUGUAACAUUACAUAACGAUAAGUACUCCAGAGAAAUAAAUGUGAAACUCAACAUAAAUUCAAACAGUAAUGAAGUGCAAAUACAAUUUUGCUAAGUAGAUUCUCAAAUAUCUUUUUUCUUCAUUGGCAAAGAAGAAAUAAAGUGAGAGCAGUGGAAAUAUGAAUCCAAACUGACAGUCAUUCCUACUGAAAGACUUAAAAAAAAAAAAAAAAAAAGCAGUUAUUUAUAAUGGUGAAUUCCCCACCUUCUCAUUUUCCACCACGCUCUGCUUUGUUUUGCACACAUUCCUGUCUGCAAGAAUUCCAGCAUCCCUUUGUCCUUCUAACAGUUUGUGCCCUGUUCCCUCCCUUUUGUUUCCUCCGCACUGUCUCUUCCAGCAUGCAACACACACACACAUCCUCUGCAAUCACUCACUACUAAACACAUCAGAAGAGAUGUGAGCACAGGUUACUGCACUCUAGCCAAUUUUCUGAGCGUUGCGGGCAUUCCAGCCCCUAACCGGGAAUUCUGCUUACAGUACACGGAUAAAUCCAUGCACCUCAUGGCUGAAAAACAUUACAGAAAAGAGUGAGAAAGAGAAAGAAACUAAACCAGUCAAAGAGGCACUUGUCAGAUGUCAGCAGAUAAUGUUUCAUAACAUACAACAGUGUAUUGGACCACAGUUGAAAACACCUCUGAUUCAAACAACAAUUAAUAAUUUAGGAUGGAGGUUCCUCCUGAAUGUAAAUUAUUUAUCUUAUAAAGAUGGCUUGAAUACCUUUUUAAAUAAGACUCAUUUAUUUGUAAGCAUAUCUGUGCACCAAUACUUAAAGAUAAAUAAAGGCAUGGAGCAAAUGGGUUUGAGGUGGAAGAACCAAUAUCGACUCAUAUCUUCAACGUCAUCAAGCAUUUGCAGAACGAACUAGAACAGAGCUUGUGAGUUCAAGGGUGGUGUCUCACCUCAUAAAUGUUCUUCUGGAUAAAUCAACCGAAAUUCCAACACACAACCUUGAGCGUCUAAGAAAUUCUUCACAGAAGAGGUGAAGAUAUUUCAGGGUUAGAGACAAAGAGUGAACUAAGUCCCUAUUUUGUGUCAUUAUCGCUUUCAGAGAGCUUGCCCAUGUUCACAUUUAUAUUCGUGAAGGAUACGUUUCUUUGCUUGCAUGCAACUUUGUAAUUAUUACUUUAUAGAAUAUGUUUUCAUGAGAUUUAGGGUAAUGAUAUUUUUGUAAGUAACUGUGUGGCUGUGCAUGCUCAUGUGUGUAUGACGAAUUAUUGCAUUUGUCUGAGCGCUUGGGAAGUUUCCCAACAGUCUGGAAGCAAGUAGCCCAAAAUACUUUGUGACUAUUCGACACGUGACAGUAUGUGAGACAAUGUGCAAAUAUAGUGGCCUUCUGUUUGUGAUGGCAUAUUACACAUAUGCAACUAGAUAUACCAUAGCCAAGAGGUGUCGAGCGAAAUGAAACUCCAAACACUUUGCAAAAAGAGAAAAGCAUGAAUGCAAACUGCCACAAUACCAUUCCCAAUUACCAAAGCACAACAGCAAAUUGGCAAAAGCACAAACCCCAACUGCCACAACAUGAAUUCAAGUGGCUUGCAGCACGAACGCAAACUAAAAACCCCCAAUUCCAAACUUCCACAACGCGAUCCCCAAUUGCCAAAGCACGGUUGCAAAUUGACAAAAGCACGAACCCCAAUUGCCAACACACGAAUGCAAAUGGCUCGCAAUACGACCGCAAGAAACCACAGGCGCACAGCAAAGAUGCAAGAGGACCUGGAAGUAGACUAAAUUUCAAGGAAGUUGACAUGAAGACUAUAACUCCUGCUGCCACGUGCCCACAAAAACGUUACGUUACAGGAAUUCACUCAUAAAUUCAGACUUUGGUAUAUAUUGCUUUGUGACUAUCUCUACGGUGGCAUCAGCAGGGCGAGAGUUGUUGUCCUCAUCUCUUCUUCCUUGGAAUUUAGUUUAUUUCUGGGUCAUCCUUAUGCAUUUGUGCUGUGGCUUUUUGCAGUUGUGUUGCAUUCCAUUCUUAUUCGUGUUGCGGGCAGUUGGGAUUUGUGUUGUGGCAAGUAGGGCUCGUGUUUUGGCUAUUUGCAUUUCUGCUGUAUCUAUUUGCAGUCGUGAUUUGGUCAAUUUGCAUUCAUGUUUUUUUUUCUUUUGCAAAGCCUUUGCAAUUGGCAUUUGUGUUGUGGAAAUUUGCAUUUGUGCUUUUUUGUUUUUGCAAAGUGUUUAGACUCUGCAUUUUGCCUGUAACGUAGCCACCGUAGAUGUAAGAUUAGAAAAACAACAACAAAAAGUCAUCUGGUCUACCAGCUAUAACAAAACAAGUGUCUUGCCAUCAUACCCAGGGAUACACACCUAAAAAUAGAUAUACACCUUCCACUUUUGCUCUGAAGGUAGAUGAGGGCAAUAACUGGAAACUAAACCAGACUUUUGCCAUCUACAAGUAUUCCUGUUCUGAUUCCGUGUGUAGUCAAAUGUUUGGAUGGCACUUUAUACAGGUGGCACAAAAUAUAGUAAAGGCUAGAAAAAAUGACAUGUGGGAACUGAAGUAAUCACUCAUAUUAAAAAAAAAAAAAAAAAUUUUAAAUCGUCCCAAAAAUAUGGUGUCAUUUUAUACAUAAGUCACCUUUUGUUCAAAGUUUGGCCGUAGAUGUGCCUUAUAUGUGAAAUUAUUAAAGUGACGACACAACCAAAACGACAUGUUGGUUCUAUAUUUUAGUGCUCAAAAAACUGAGGGAAACAUUACAUAUUGAUAUCCUAGGCAAAUGAGGAGGUUUACAUUCAAAUCCACAGACAAGGACAAAUAAUGGCUGGUCGGUUGUUAACUCACAUGUCAUGCACAGUCACUGUGUCCGAACAAAACUCAAAAUAUCACACAACAACAAACUAAAUAGCAUAUUUAGGCAAAUAACGAAACAACUAGAACAGUAACUGAAGAAAUGUUUAGCAUAGAACAUGAACUUUGGACCUUAUGUACAUCCUGAGUGCCGAAAUGCAUUCUCGGAGGCAUGAGACUUUUUUAUUGGUCUGUUCUGCUCGCAAAGGUUGAUGGGUCAUUUUUUUAGGACACUGUGACUGCGCAUGACUUUUGAGUUAAUGACAUGCCUGUGUUUUGCGUUCGGUAUUGCGGGUUGUUUCUUUGAGUUGGGUGGUGUAUGAGACUCAAGAGCAGCCUGCGAAAAUAAAUGUCUCUGUACUUUGUCCUCCAUGUCAUUCGCCACAUUAUUUUAUGUUUCCCUCAUAAUGAAAUAUCUGUCCUUGGGGUUUGAUUUUUAAAAAUAGAUUUCCUCAAAAAAUAGAAUUUGUAAUACUGUGCAAAUUAUGUUUUUUUUUCUUCAUUAUUAUGCAUUUUUUUGGCUUAUGCAACUUAUACAGUGAUACCGCUACAUACGAAUUGAAUUUGUUCCAGGGCCUGGAUUGUAAAUCGAAAUGGUCGUACGUCGAGCCGGAUUCUCCUAUAAGAAUGCAUUUUAAUUCAAUUAAUUCGUUCUACAGCCCAAAAACCUAUGCCUAAACCUUCAUCAAUACCGCAGGUACAAGUACCGUAAUUUUUGGAAUUUUCACUUCCUAUUCAUGUACCAUGAAAUUUACUUGACCACAUACAAAUGAUUUCGCUCAGAAAAUGUCUUUUUAUUACAAAACGUAGCACAUGAGAUUGCGCACAGCUUCCAUACUGUAUGUCUGUAGUGGCUUAUUUAUUGUAUUUGCACGCAAAGCUUUUGAAUAGUAAAUGCUCUUGUAGCU